UACGCCGGUUUUAUCCUCUCGAUACAUUUUGCUAUUAAGCACUGUUUCGUUCCGCUAUCAGUCGUGCACGGAUAACGAGAGAACAGCGGGAGAGGGAAACGACGUCGCCGAUGGGCGAUAGACGGAAGGUGGUGGUCACCGUCAGGUCAUUCUUGAGCAGUAGUCGUAAGAUGGUUCCUCUGUUCUUCGGUUUCUCCUCAGUUGACACCUCGAAGCAGUGUAAAAAAAAGUGCCAACAGGAUCUCGAAAACAUGGGCGCAGAGACAGUCGACACCGGGGGUGUUUUCAGAAAACCUGGUACGGGACCGGAAGUCUUCAAGCACCAGAAAUUGCCUGGGAACAUGGAACGAGGAUUGCACGAGCGUGAUAGAGUUGGCGUUCAGGACUUCGUUCUGCUGGAGGACUUUCGCAGCGAAUCCGCCUUCAUCGACAAUCUGCGCAAACGAUUCAAGGAGAAUCUAAUUUACACGUAUAUUGGCCAAGUACUGGUGUCAGUGAAUCCUUAUAAGAAACUUCCCAUUUAUACCCCGGAGACCAUUCUUUACUAUCACGGGAGAAACUUCUUCGAGGCACCUCCUCACAUUUUCGCUCUUGCGGACACUGCCUAUCAAUCUCUAGCUAAAGAGAAUCGCGACCAAUGCAUUCUGAUUUCGGGCGAAUCGGGAUCCGGGAAAACGGAGGCGUCCAAGAAGAUCUUGGAAUUUAUUGCGUCUGCUACCGGUCAUAAAAAACAAGUAGAAGAAGUGAAUAAUAAAUUGAUUGGCAGCAAUCCCGUGUUGGAAGCUUUCGGUAACGCGAAGACCAAUCGCAAUGAUAAUUCAUCGCGCUUCGGCAAGUACAUGGACGUUCAGUUCAAUUUUCAGGGAGACCCAGUCGGUGGAAAUAUCCUAAACUAUUUGUUGGAGAAGUCUCGAGUGGUCCAUCAAUCGGUGGGCGAACGAAAUUUUCAUAUCUUUUAUCAGCUUUUAGCAGGCGCGGACGAUGACACGUUGAGAAAAUUACAUUUAAAGAAAAAUCUCGAUACUUUCUUCUACUUGAGUAACGGGACGAAAGGAACAGUGGAUACCAUCGACGAUGCUAAUCAGUACAAGGAAGUCGUCCGGGCGAUGAAGACUAUGGAAAUGUCUCAGCAGGAGCAGAACGACUUGUUUGCUAUAGUCGCGUCGGUGCUGCACAUGGGUAAUGUGGGUUUCUCGGAGGAGGAUGGAGUGGCAACUAUUCUGAAACCUGGAUCUGUCGAUGCCAUCGCUAUGCUGCUAGGAUGUGACGUGAAGCGACUGGCAAAGGCAUUUACUCAUCGUACCAUAGAUGCUCACGGUGACGUGGUGGUUUCACCCUUGAAUAGGGAAUUGGCUAUUUAUGCGAGAGACGCACUAGCGAAGGCCGUAUACGACAGAUUAUUCACCUGGCUCGUGACUAGACUCAACAAGUCUCUACAGCCCCAGAUCAAUCCUCGACGCAAAAUGGUCAUGGGCAUUUUGGACAUUUACGGCUUUGAAAUCUUUCAGAAGAACAGUUUCGAGCAGUUCUGCAUUAAUUUUUGCAAUGAGAAGUUGCAACAGCUGUUUAUCCAACUGACAUUGAAGUCAGAACAGGAAGAAUACCUGCGCGAAGGAAUAACCUGGGAGAAUAUAGAUUAUUUUAAUAACAAGAUUAUCUGCGACCUAAUUGAAGAGAAGUAUAAAGGAAUAAUAUCGUUAAUGGACGAAGAAUGUUUGCGACCUGGAGACACAACGGACAUGAGCUUCCUGGAGAAAUUGAACGUAAAUCUGAGCAACCAUCCUCAUUACAUCAGCCAUCAGAAAGCUGACAAACAAACGCAAAAGAUUAUGGGACGAGACGAAUUCAGAUUAGUGCAUUACGCUGGCGAUGUUACGUACAACGUUCGCGGAUUUCUCGAGAAAAACAAUGAUUUACUAUUUCGAGAUUUACGUGAAGUUAUGUCGCAUACUACGAAUUCCAUUACAAAGCGUUACAAGUGUCUCUGUUCGGAAACUUGGCCGAAUUACUACGGCCCGGCAAAGGAAGGCGUGCAAACACUCGUGUGUCAUCUCGGCUAUGAGCGUGACGAGUACAGAAUGGGAAACACAAAGUUGUUCAUCCGUUUUCCUAAAACGUUAUUCGAUACGGAGGAUGCGUUUCAAAUGAAGAAACACGAAAUAGCCGCCAUUAUCCAGAGCAAAUGGAAGGCUAUAUUAAUGAGGAGGAAAUAUUUAGAGAUGCGAGAAGCAACGAUCGUGUUCCAGAAAAACAUUCGCAGAUGGCUCGCGAAACGCAAAGCUAAAAAACGGCAACAAGCGGUUGCCACUAUCCGCAGAUUUAUUGAAGGCUUUAUCACGCGAGAUGGACCGCCUACGGAAAUUAAUAAGGCAUUUAUCGAAUUGGCGAAAUCGCAAUGGCUUAUUAGACUUUCGAAGACAUUGCCACCGGGUGUCUUAAAUAAAUAUUGGCCGCCAUGCCCAUAUUCUUGUCAAGAGGCAUCAGAGCAUUUGCAUGUAAUGCACAGGCGAUGGAAAGCUCGUUGUUAUCGAAUGGCAUUAAAUAAGGAAGAUAAGGAACACUUCGAGUUGAAGAUUCUCGCGGAGUCUCUAUUCAAAAAUAAGAAGAAAUCUUAUUCGAAGAGUGUAGGUCCGAGAUUUGUAACCGAUCGUCUUGGUGAGGAGUACAAGGCACUGCGACAGAGCUUUAUCAACAACAUUUUAACUUCCGGAGAAAACAUAAAGUACGCCACUCCUGUCAUUAAAUACGAUCGGCACGGAUAUAAACCACGCGAGAGAGUACUUAUUUUAACCGAGAAUGCCGUAUACAUUCUCGACACACUUAAGACGUUCAAGCUCAAACAUCGCCUGCCUUAUAAGGCUAUCGAGGAGUUGGUUGUCACCAGGGAAUCGGAUAAUUUACUCAUCGUUAGGAUACCACCUGAAUUGAAAAAGGAUAAGGGUGACUUGAUCUUAGAAGUUCCACAUUUAAUAGAAGCAUUGACGAAAGCGAUUGCUAUUACUAACAAUCCGAACAUUGUUAAGAUCGUCAAUACCGAAUCUGUGUCCCACAAACUAGUCAGUGGUAAAGAGGGAGUCAUUGAAGUUAGGACUGGUACCACUCCCGCAAUUAGUAAAAAUCGACAGAGCGGGCAUUUAUUAGUAGUAAGAAAUUCAAAAUAAUUAUCCUAAUCUUUUCGAGUAAUCGUCUUUCGUUCGCAUUUGUUUUAAACCGCUAAAUUUCAGGUCGCUUCCCCGUAAAAUUAUUCCAAACAGGAGAAUUUCUCGGGGAACUGAAAGAACUGGUGCUACGAUACAUAAAGCAGCCUUAACACAAUGUGAUCUAGAGAAUAUACAACAUCAAGAAGAGAUAAUAUAUGACACUUAAUACAUCUUUAAAUUAUUCCAGCAAUUUUGGACAGAAGAGUGAUAAAAUGACAAUACAUAAGUCUUUCAUUUCGACGUAUAAAUUACGUCAAAUUCUUGUUUCAAAUAUGGAAGGCGCAGAGUGCCAUAGGGGCCUCCUGUAUAAUAUUUUCUUGUAAAUUAGGUAAUAUUAUUAAACAAUAUUUAUUUUAAUAGAAAUAAAGAUAAAACCGAUAGGAUAGGCGAAUUCACUUGUCAAUAAUUUAUAAAUGUAUUAUUGAAAUAUAAGUUAAACUUCAGUUAUGUGAGUGCAAUAAACAGAAAAAAAUUCACAUCUCACUCAAUCAUAUUCCUUUU